AUGGGGUUGCCGGCGAAAAAGAAGAAGAAGCAAGGCAGCUCUCCCGCCAAGAGGGAGCGUAGCAGAGCGGAGGACUGCGACGAAGAAUGCCUCUUGCCCGCCGAGCGCCGGUGGCGUGCGGCGCAGGCGCAGCUUCCUCAGCAGGGCAGGCCAGUGGACAAACCGAAGCAGAAGCGCGAGGAAGAGGACGACCUUGCUCGCGUUGAAAAAAGCGAAAGACGGGACUUCUUCCGAGGCACAAAAGCCCCCAAUUCCGCGGCGCUCCUUGCCCUCAAGCGAAACCUCGCAGCCUUCUCUUCCUCCUCUUCUUCGUCUCACGAGGCGGGUGGAGCGGCGGCUUUUGGCGCCGAAAAGAAGCGCAAGUCAGUGGACGAAUUCCGCGUCUCGAAGUGCACAGCCAGAGGGAAGAGUCUGACGGAGGCCGCUUUCUCGCUGCCCGUCUUCACAGCGACGGGCUCGUGGCAGGCGCGAGACGAAGGCGAGUUGCAGAACGAGAUUCGCGAGUUCGACGCCGCCGCGUUCCUGCGGCAAGCCUCCAAGAACAAUGGCAAGGAGGAGAAGAAGAAAAAGCGGCAGCAACUGGCGGCUCGCGCUGAGGAGGCGUCGACUCGACAGGCCGCUGAAGCCGGGGAUGCCCCCCACGGAGACGCCUCACGCGUCCGGGCUGCUCGGAAGGACGCGGAAAAGGCGCAGGAUGCGUCGUCGUAUUCGCCGCCUUUCAAGGUCUCUGAAGACGCGUGGGUGGCAGUGCGGAAGUGCCGGUCGCUCGAGGAGCGGAAGCGGCAGCUCGCCGCGACGUCGUCCGCGAUUUUGGCUGCGCCAGAGGUCCACAUCGCCGACUUUGAGGUAUUGUUUGCCUUCUUCUUCCACGCGAAAAAACGGUGCACACAAACUGCGCUCGCGCUGGAGAGUCUCGCGCACGAAAAGGCACGCUUCGCCCGCGCGCGCCGCCAGCAGGCAGCCGCCUCGUGCGCGCCGUUGAAGAGGCGUCAGGCGGAGGCCGCGGUCGCUGCGCUGGCGCUGAAGGAGGCGUUUCUGCGGUCUGCGUUUCAAGAAGGCGCGUACAUAGCGAGCGCCUCGCUUCUUUCGCUCGCCGCAGUCGUCAGGGACGUGCUGCCGGCCUACCGCCUGGGACUUGGUGGCGCGGAGGAAGAGGAGGAAGACGCGCGGAAGAAGCCCGCGUUUCUGACUGGAAAAAGCGCCCUGAAGACUCUGCGGCUCUCAAAGGAAGUCGAGAAGCUGCACUCCUUCGAGUCGCAGCUCCUCCAGGUGUAUAGACACGCGGAGCGGCUGCUGGAGACGGAAGUCUCGACCGCGCUCGCGGCUUUUGGGCUCUCGUCGCCCAGCGGUAGCGCCGCCGCGAGGCCCGAGGGCGCGCGUGCUGCGCUGGCCUCUUCCUUCGCCAGUCUGGAUGCAGCGACCACUGCGCUGUGUGAGCUGAUUCGCGCAAGCCCUAAAUUCAACGAGAGCGACCGGCUGAUGCAUGCCGCGGUCCUGCUGGCGGCCUUCGCGCCGGGAACGAGAGUCCUCGAGGCGCGAGGCGCCGCGGAGGCUGCGGAGAGUGCCCGCGAGCGCGAGUGGAGCCGCGCGAGGCGCACGCUGCAGCACUGCGGCCUGAAGGCCUGCGACUGCCUGCGCGAGUUGAUUCAGGACGAUUCGUCUCUGGAAGUCGUGCUCGCCGUCGCGGAGGAAAUUUCACACAGUCUUGACGAAGCAGAGAAACGGCGCAAGAAGGCUUGGGUAGGCGCGCAGGACGCGGCGGGCGGCGCAGCCCAGGCCAAGGCGCGCAUACAGGCAGGCGAUGAGUUGGCAGGGCUCAGCGCGCCGCUACUCGAUAUUUUCCUUAGCCUGCGACUCAGAGAAAAAGAGAUGGAGGCGCUCCGUGGCGACGACCGCCUGCCGGAGAAGGCGGACCAGCAGCUGAAGCAAAAUCUGCGUCUCGGGUUCAUUCACACGGAGAAGAAGGUUUUCAAAAAGCGCGAGGCGUCGCUUCUGGAGCGGCUGUUCAUCAUCUACCUCAAAAUUUUGAAGUCAAUGGAUCGCCAGCCACCGCCUCUGGUGACGUCUGCUUUCCGCGGGCUGGUUUGUUUCUCCUCGCACAUCAACGAGGAGCUCCUCUCGGAGAUUCUUUUGCUCUUCCAAGAAAUGCUGCUGCGUCCCAAUGCGACGGCCUCGCAGCAGCUGGCCGCCCGCAACGCGUCGGGCGACCGAGCGCCGGGGAGCAAGAAAGGAAGAACAGCGAAAAAAAAUGAUGACGAAGAAAAGGAACAACUCGCUGCCUGCCUGCAGCGGUCGCCCGAAGUCGGGGCUGCCGCGGUCGCGACGCCGCUGCUGCUUCUCCAGCGAGUAAACGUCAUCCUCCAGAUGGACGUCUCGUGGCUGGCGACGGCGCUGUGCGACCUGGUGCAGGCGUCGCUGUCGCAGUUCGCCUCGGGCUCGACUCCGCCUUCGUCUGCCCCCGGCGCGUCGUUUCUGCCCACGUCCACUCUCCUGCAGCCGUUCGCGUCGACGGCCGCGUCGUUUCCCUCGCUCGCCUCGUCUUCCCUCGCGUCGCUGCAGCCGGAGUUCGCCUCACGGUGCCUCGAGUGCCUCGACCUGCUUCUGAAGUGCCCGCAGCUCUGGGCGGCGGGACAGGAGAACCGCAGCGCGUCGCUGCGCGCAGCCGCGGAGCAGCGCCGUGCGACCGCCAAAGGCCACGCCGCAGUGCUGCGCCCACUCGAUGAACUCGAUCUGUUCGCCGCGGGGGAAAGGCGCGCGGGGUUCGGCCGCGGCGUGCAGCGACAGUCCCUCGACGGCGCGCUGCUCGCCCUCCGAGAGCUCGUGAGAAUCGCCGCCCUCGGCGACAUCUUCAUCGGCGACGCCGUCAUGAAGCGGGUGACGCAGCUCCUAGCGGACACCCCGCGGCUGCAGAGCGCAGUCGACAGUGAAGGCGUCGUGCUCAAGGGGCGCAGCGCCGCGCUGUCCCUGUAUUAUCCGCUGUGUCUCCUCUCUGCGCACAUCCAUCCGCGUCUGCGUCACUCGGCAUCUACAAGCUUAUGCUUCUCGGCUGACGAGGAUCUCUCUCGCGCCCUCACGAAGAAAGAGGAUUCGUUUUUUUCCGCUCGAGUUCCUGCGUCAGCCUGGGCGCCUCCCAAAGCGUCAGCGCUCGCGUUCUCAGGGGACGCGGAGGAGGACACGACCCGAAGAGUCUGCGAAGAGGAAGAAGACCGGAGGCGCGUUCAGGAGGCGCGCAGCCGCGCGUUUCUUGAGGCCCUCGAGAAGGGGAUGAAGAAGCCUCGACAGGACGCCCUGCGCAACGCCGAUGCGCGGAGAGACAAGCACGUUUGCACCGCAGAGGACUUUGGCUUCUUUGCGCAGGGGAAGGAGGACGACUUCCUCGACUUCCUCUUUGCCUUCACGCCGGCACCGAGCAGCCUCGCGGGCGCCGGGAAGAGACUCCGCGGUGAAGAGAACAAAUCCGCGCAUGUCGCACCAGCUGCGGCAGCCCUUGGCGCCUGCGAGGCGGAUGGUGAAGCGAAGGCGAAGAAAAAGAAGACGAAGGACGCUCGACUGCCUAGCGUUCAGCGAGAUGUGCCCUGCCUAACCGAGCGCGAAACCACUGCAGGCGUGACACUGGGGAAGAAGAGGAAGCAGCGUGACGACGAGGAGGCAGACGAAGGAGACAACGGAAACGAAGAGAAGGAGACCGCGACCGCGAAAAGUGCGGCGUCGGUAAGCGAGGCUGGCGCCGCCGCAGCUGGAAAGAAAGAGAAGAAGAACAAGAAAAAGAAGAAGCUGAAGGUGGCCAAGGAGGCGGCCGGGGAGGCUUCAGGCCUUUUCCAGACUGAGGAUGCAAGAGAGGGAGACGCAGACGCAGCCGCGUCUGUCGAAAUCAUUUUGCCGAAGGGAAUACGGGAAUCUCAGGCCGAGGAAGAAGAGGGCGAGAUGGAGAGAGGCGCGCAGGCCACGCCCGAAGGAGAAGCCUCGCAGCGUGGCGAAGAAGAGCCUGGAGAAAAGGAGCGACGACGCGACAAGAGCGACGUGAUGAACGAGGGAGGAGACGAAGACGAAGGAGCUGAAAACGAAGAAAAAGAUAAAGACGAUGGAGCGACAGAGAGCCAGGAAGGUGAGGUCUGUGGACGGGGAGCAAAGCGCAAUGAACAGGAGAGCCAAGAGGAAGAGGUCGCCGACAGGCAGAUCGAGAAUGGAGGCGAGGCAUCCGUCAGCUCGCUGCCGCCCCUCGCAGAAGUCGAGGUCAGUGAACAAGCAGCCGCAGAAGCACAAAAACAAGGAAAUGUACAGAAGGGCGAGAGACGAGACGAAGCGGCAGGCGAUGCAUCUCGCCCCAGCGCCACUUCGGUCUCCCCGCGACGGAGUGCGACAGGGGACUCCGACCCACAAGACGCGGCUGCGGUUAGGAAAGACAUUUGUAAACACCCCGAGACGGCAGAAGGUGCUCACAAAGAGGAGGAAAGCGACACCCAAGCCGGCGGUGCUAGCCGCUCUCCCCUCUCCCGUCCGCCGCGUGUCGACGCGGGUGACGAAACUCUCGAGGCGGAUGUUGGCGAACCUGCAGAGGCCCCGGAAGCCCCGAGCGAGACGGGAGAAGAGAGCCUCGCGGUGCAAGCGGCCGCAGAAGCCUCAGGAGAGAGACGCGGGGCGGCACCAGAAGAAGAAAGAGAAGCAGACGAACCUCGAGCUGUCGAGACGGCAGACCGAGGAGAAGCCGAAGCGGAGAAUCGUGGCAGCGAAGCCGCAGCAACCGCGACAGACGGGAACUGCGCGGAGGAAGGGAAACAUGAAGAGAGCAGAGGAGAGACGACCAAAGAGGAUGAACGUCAAGCGUCGAGGGAAAGCGGGGCUGUGGCAGGCACGCAAAACGAAGCGAACGACAGCCAAAAAGGCAUCGAGGAGGAGCAAGUCGACGCGGCGGGCGCCGGAGUGACUGGCGCAUCGACGCCCGCGGUGUCGCCGGAGCGGCGAGGCGAGCGCCGGUCGCUGGGCGCGGAGGGAAACCGGCGAGACGCUCUCUCGCCUGCGUGCGAGACUGAUGAGGCGAAAGUCUCCGAGAGUGCAGCAGACGCCGUUUCUGCUCAGUCGCAUAACGCACUCGCGAGAGACAGCGUCUCGGCCUCUCCAGUUACGCUGGCCUCGCCGUCUGCGCGGCCUUCGUCUUCCUCACGUGGCGGGUGCUCCUUCGCGGAGCCGUCUGUCUCCUCGCUGCCGACGCCUUCCUCGUCUGCGUCGCCGCGGCGCAGCGCCGGCGAUGGGCUGCCAGGCCUGCAGGACGCGGGAGCCUCGAGUCACGAGCCGACCGGCGCCUCUCGGCCUUGCGCGUUUCCGCACCCUUCGCAUUCGCUGGCGGCGUCCGCUGCUCACGCGGCUUCGUCUCCCGCCGCCUCGGCCCGCGGAUCUGCCUCUGCGCCCGCGCCGACCUGCAUUUCGUCGUCCUCUGCGCGCGCGUCCUCUCCAGCCGCGCUGCCUGGCUUGUCUGCUCACGCGCCCGCUGCAGCCCCUCAGCUGCCUACUGCGCCGGUGGCCUCAUGUGCGACGGCCGCGUCCGCCGCCGCUUCUUCGCGGUCUUCGGCGCCUGCGUCUGCGGCUGGAGCCGUUGAGCGGCGCGCGUGCGAACGGGGGGUUUCGGUGCCUUCCUCCGGCCUGAAAACCGUCCCCUGUCGCCGCCCGUUGUCUCCUCUCAAGUCCGCGUCUGCGGGCGCCGGGGCGUUGCCUCGCACUCCGCUGGCGUCACGGGGGUUGUCGCCCUCGUCGCCGCCCUCCGCCUCCGCCGGGGGCUCCCCGAUCCUUGCGCCUCCGCGCCAGUCGACCUCGAAGGAGCCUGUCACCGCCUUCGGCCUCGCGCGCCCUUUUUCGCAGCCUUCUGUCUCUCACCCGACCUCGCCCGCGGGCUCCUUGCAGGCGUCUCCGCUUGGCGCGCGCGUCUCUCCGUCGCCUCUACGUUCGCCGCUCCGCUGUCCUUCCUCGUCGCCGUUGCCUCGGCCGCUGUCGGUGGCGCCCUCUGCGGGAGCGGACGGGGGAAGUGCGAGGCCCUCGCGGGCGGGCGCGCCGUCGCCUCCGCAGACGAAGCCGCCGCAGAUGCCACAGUGA